UGAUUCACUGCUUAUUUUUUUUAAAGAAAUAAUAUAUAAUAAUAUAGUAAAAGAUUAUUCUGCACGACUGCAAAUGUUUUUUUUAAAGAAGUUUUCAAGAAUCUGUAUUUAUUUUACUGUCUCCAGAUGGUUACACCACAUUUUUUUACUUUAUGCCCCAGAAAAAUAUCAAAAUGACUUAGAAAUUGAAAGCAUGUUUAUCAUAGCAGAGGUGUGUUCAAGUAAUUGUUUUGUUUAAAUUACAUGUUUAAUGUAUUUUUGAAUAAUUUAAUAGAUCCAUAAAAAUAAAAUAAAAACAAUAAUAAUUAGCGUCACAUCAUUUACCCAUAUUAGUUUUUUUAUUUCCAUUGAUGGGAGACACCCUAAAUUAUAAUUUAAGGUAGCCUAUUAGUUUUACUUCGUUUUACUCUCUCGUUGUUAUUACCAAGGUAACAAUUUAAACUGCUUAUCACACUCUCCCAUACUGCAGUGUUAAAGAGACAUCGGGCACCUGUAAUGAAACCUACCUGCACCUUCCACUGUAUAUGUUUACAAAUGACUCCUAGUCUGGCAAAGCCUUACACCCAAGUGAUAAAUAUCUUGAGUACUCGCAUCACCUGCUGUGCCUGUAACAGGAGGCUUGAUAAGCCAAAAUCUGGGUCAGUCGUCUGUAUGCAAUGGAGAUGUUUGGCCCCAAAAGUGCCAGUGAUGUUUAGGAGACUAGCUCUCCACUGACAGCACUUAGGCCCACAGGUGACGGCAAAUUGUCUAACAUAUUGGCUUCAUUUGAUUGGCUGAACAAAGUGUGUCCUCUAGCACCCAUCUCUGAUCUUGUUGGGCUAAGUAGAAAUCCUCAGCUAAUCCCUCAGCUACAGAGCUGAUCAAGGGCCAGAAGAGAGAUGUGUGAACAAAAACAACUGAAGACCAGGAAAAGCUAACUGGCAUCUAGCCUUAUUCCUGGUCUCUAUGAAGGCCUCCUGGCUGCAGAGAACUGUCACCUGGAUAGUGCGCCUGAUGUCCCUGCGGCGCAAGUGCCGCAGUUAAGUAUCUUUUUGGGAAAGUGACUCUUGUAAUGGUGGGAUUGGACAAUGCAGGAAAAACAGCCACUGUCAGAGGUAUUCAGGGAGAAAGUCCUUCAGAUGUAGCACCUACUGUGGGCUUCUCAAAGGUGGACUUAAAGCAGGGGAAGUUUCAGGUCACAAUCUUUGAUCUGGGUGGUGGAAAGCGUAUUCGUGGCAUCUGGAAUAACUACUACUCAGAAUCGUAUGGAGUGGUGUUUGUUGUGGACUCAAGCGAUGUCCAGAGGAUCCAGGAGACGAGAGACACAAUGGCUGAGGUCCUCCGCCAUCCUCGUAUUGCUGGCAAACCUGUAUUAGUACUGGCUAAUAAACAGGAUCAAGAUGGUGCAUUGGCUGAGGCAGACAUCAUCGAAAGCCUGUCAUUGGAGAAACUUGUCAAUGAGAAUAAAUGCCUCUGUCAGAUUGAGCCCUGCUCUGCAGUGCUGGGUUAUGGAAAGAAGGUGGACAAAUCCAUCAAGAAUGGCCUUAACUGGCUCCUGACCAAUAUUGCAAAGGACUACGAGGCAAUUUCGGAGCGUGUGCAGAGAGAUACAGCAGAACAAAAAGCCCAGGAAGAGCAGGACAAGAAGGAAAGAGCAGAGAGAGUUCGGCGGAUCAGAGAGGAGAGAGACAAGCAGGAGCAAGAUGGGAGGACAGUCAAAGAGGAGCUAGAUGAUGUCAGCAUGGUUAACCCAUUCCAGCCAUUAAACAAUUUUGUUACUGAGAAUCAAGACAGGCUGAGAAAGGAGAAAGAGAUGCAGAGACAGAGCGAAGAAGGCCAGCAGGGCAGUUUACAAGAACAGACAGCCCUCCAAGAUGAGGAAGAAGAGGAUGAUGAAGAGAGUGAGAGACAGACCCCAGAGAGCACAGAAUCAGGAGCUGUGGAGCAGGCCAAGAAGAAAACAAGUAAAUUACGACUCAAACGCAAGCACAGAGUCGACCCUCUAAGGGUAGAUGAAGCAACACCCAAAAAUCCCCCUCCUCCUUCCUUGCCAGUUGGAUGGGCUACUCCUAAAGUUUCUAGGCUCCCCAAACUUGAACCUCUUGGUGAUACAAGACCUUCUGAUUUCUAUGGCAAACCUCUCCCACCUGUAUCAAUUAGACAGAGGCCGAACAGCGAUACUCAUGAUCACGGGCACUGUAACAAUCUACGUGGAUGUAAUUGCCCAUAAGUGAGGGACUGAUACCCAAUCAGCAUACCCAGAUGGAUCACAUGACUUGAGCAACCAAUGACUGAUGGUCAGCAGAAGCUGUGUUUCCUGGCCAGUUUGGAAAAUGAGAUGGACAAAUGCAAACUCUAUGGAGCAGUUAUUGAUUGGUGGGGGGUGCGUGGUCCAUGGACAUUCAUUGUAUAGAAUGUUCAAAGAAUUUUCUCAAAUGGAGAAUGGUUCACUAUUUCAGUUUAGACUUUUUCUCUGGCAGUCUGUAGUGCCUUUUUUCUUUGUUUUAUCAAAAAGAAAUGUUGCAAAUCAGUAUUAACACAUUUGAAACACUUUUUUCAUUACAAACCUAUUUUUUAUGAGCAAUUAAAAAUAUGUAAAUACAUAGUUUAAAUUUGUGUACUUGAAAUUGUAAAAACAUGUCUUUCAUGUUUUUAUGGUUCACAUGCAUAUCUUUGCCCAAGCUUUAACACUUGUGCAAUUGAUUGUGAUACAGUUUGCCUUGAAAAUGUUUUUUUUUCCUGCAGCAUCUAUACAGUAGGUCUAUACACUACGCUGUAUGACAUUCAUACUUGCCAGCAACAGAUAUCUUCACACUGCAGUCUGAGUGUACGUUUGCAUAUGGGCCUUGAUAUGUAAUGUUUUGAAGAUCUUUAUUGAGCAGCACAAUUUGAACCAGCAUUUUAAUCUCACAAAUGGUACAUUAUUCUUUAUUAGUGAAGAAAAAAAAGUUGUAUUUAGAAAGAUGAGUGGGUAAUUUCAUAUCUUGUAGAUUUGCAGAUAUGAAGAGAUUCCACUGUUUGUGUAACAAUGCACAACCUCUAUAUUUUAAUGGAUAAUGUCACAUACUGUAAACACUGCUUUCAUAUUUAUUUGAUGUUUCAAACUUGUGCUAUUUUUAUACUUCACAUUUGUUUAAAUGUAUGAUCAGUUUACAUGUUUCUUUUUGUAUUUAACACCCACACUCUUAUUUGGCAACACUAAUAUUCAGUUGAUGACUUCUAAAGUUCAUCCAGUUUGCUUUGCUUUCAGUACAUGUGUCUUUUGUAUCCAGUUUUCAUUUAACAUGAAUGUCAUAUUAAAACAUAUAUUUUUACUCGGUUAUGUAGUAAUUACUCUUUAAUUACUAUCUAAUUUCAGUGUUCUAUGUAUGUUUUUAUUUAUUUAUUUUCCUUCCACAACCAACCAUCCAGGCCCCUCGCUUAUGCAUUUAACAGUUUCAUUCAUUAGAUAAUGUGAUUAAAUGGUUCAGCGACAAGACAAGUUUAGUUGGUCUUACUAUACAGUUGUGCACAUAUCACUUACAAUUACACAGCGUUCCCAAGGUCAA